AUGAAUUUGAUAUCUCCAUCGGUGUCACGCCUUGUACAUUGCUGGUUUUGGCAGUUCAGUGAAUGGGUAGCUGAAGGCAUGCUGAUGUCGGAAAGCAAGGUCAAACGCAGUCCUGUACUGGGACCAGGUGACAGGAUCGGCGAAGGGGACACCAGCAUUAUCUUACAUUUCCUUCCUCGCGAGCUAGCGGAUAUCGCCUUCGAACAACUGAAAAAUGAAGUCAAGUGGAAUACAAUGUACCAUCGAGGCGGCGAAGUCCCUCGACUUGUGGCGGUCCAGGGGCAGGUGAAUGAUGAUGGAAGCUUCCCGUUAUACAGACACCCAGCCGAUGAAUCUCCUCCCAUUCGUCCCUUUUCGCCUACGGUAUCUUUGAUCAGGGAGCAUGUCGAGAAAGUGCUCAAUCAUCCCGUCAACCAUGUCCUGAUUCAGUUAUACCGUGGAGGUGCCGACUACAUCUCUGAGCACUCGGACAAGACCGUUGAUGUGGUCAGAGGAUCAAAAAUAGUGAACGUCAGUCUGGGGGCGCAGCGUAUAAUGGUCCUUCAGACAAAGAAGGAAUCCGCUCGACCCGACAGUAGUGCGGGGGAUGCCAGGUCCUCUCGACUGACCCAACGCAUUCCGCUUCCGCACAACUCCAUGUUUGUGAUGGGACUCGACACUAAUAGGAAGUGGAUGCAUGGCAUACGCCCCGACAAACGCCCGGCCUCCGUGAAAUCGGAGGACGAGAGAUUCGCCAACGGGGAGCGUAUUAGUCUGACAUUCCGCCGCAUUGGCACUUUCUUGACCGCAGAUGAAUCAUUCAUCUAUGGUCAAGGUGCUAAGGGGAAGACAAGAGAACAACAGCGUCCUGUGGUGAAUGGGACUGAGGAGGCGGCAAAGCUUAUCGAAGCCUUCGGUGCUGAGAACCAUGAUAGCAAGUUCGACUGGGACAAGGGCUACGGGGAGGGUUUUGAUGUGUUACACUCUACGAGCAGAGGAACCGAGUGAAUACCGCUGGCGACCCGGACGGGAGACUAUUUUCUCAGUACCUAUCAAUGAACGUGGAUAUAUCCCCAACCUCGGGGGA